AUGGCUUCUCGUGCUUUUGCCACUGCUAUCCGCUCAGCUGCUCGUACUACCCUCUCCCGCCCUGCUGUUGCCAUCAGACCUAUGUCUAUGCUGGCCAACAAUGUCAAGCGCGCUGCUGUCAAGUCUACUACUAUCACUACCCAAGUCCGUGGCAUGAAAACUCUUGAUUUCGGAGGAUCCAAGGAAACUGUCUACGAACGUUCUGAUGUCCCCAAGGAAAAGUUGCUCGAAACCUUCAAGAACGACACCAUUGCUGUUCUCGGUUACGGUCCUCAAGGUCGUGGUCAAGCUUUGAACUUGCGCGAUAACGGUGUCAAUGUCAUCAUUGGUCAACGUGAAGGUAAGACCUAUCAACAAGCCAUCGAAGAAGGUUGGGUUCCUGGAAAGAACUUGUUCCCUGUCUUGGAUGCUGUUGAGAAGGGUACUGUCGUCAUGAACCUCUUGUCCGAUGCUUUCCAAAAGGAGAUCUGGCCUCAAAUGAAGCCUCUCUUGACUCCUGGCAAGACUCUCUACUUCUCUCAUGGUUUCUCCAUUGUCUACAAGGACCAAACCAACAUUGAGGCUCCUGAAGGUGUCGAUGUUAUCCUCGUUGCUCCCAAGGGUUCUGGUUUCACUGUACGUCGCCUCUUCCAAGAGGGCCGUGGUAUCAACUCUUCUUUCGCUGUCUACAAGGAUGCUAGUGGUCAUGCCAAGGAGCGCACUAUUGCUUUGGGUAUCGGAAUUGGUUCCGGCUACAUGUACGAAACCACUUUUGAGAAGGAAGUUUACUCUGAUUUAUUCGGUGAGCGUGGUGUAUUGAUGGGUGCUAUUCAAGGUUUGUUCCAAGCUCAGUACGAAGUCUUGAGAGCCAAUGGUCACUCUCCCUCUGAAGCCUUCAACGAGACUGUUGAAGAAGCUACUCAAUCUCUCUAUCCUUUGAUCGGCGAGCGUGGUAUGGAUUGGAUGUACUCUAACUGUUCUACUACUGCCAUGCGUGGUGCUCUUGAUUGGUGGAAGCCUUUCCAUGAUGCCUCCAAGCCUGUCUUUGAGGACCUCUACAGAUCCGUCAAGGAUGGUUCCGAGACUGCCCGUUCUCUUGACCGUAACUCCCAACCUGAUUACCGUGAAAAGCUCGAGGAAGAGCUCAGAGAGAUCCGUGAAUCUGAAAUCUGGAGAACUGGCAAGACUGUUCGUCAACUUAGACCUGAAAACGCUGGAAAGAACUAA